GCCUGAAGCAACUGUCAUCCCAAAAGAUCCUGAUGGCCGGGCCAGCUGGGAGGCAGGGGCUGAAAGAAGAAUGUUAGCAUGUCUUUCGACCGCUUGUACCUUAAAUAUCUUCCAUGCAGUUCACAGGGUUUAAUUUUAGACUCCACAUGAGGCAGGAGCAGACGGUUUGUGGCUGGAGCCAAAGUCAGAGGCAGUUUUCUCUGUCCUGAGUCACAGAUAAGACAGAAAUUAUCCUUGGUUUUUGAUAUCAGAAGAAGAAAGAAGCUUCACAGCGCAACCAUGUCAGAUAGUAGGGACCUUGAUGAUCUCAAUGAAGAGGACAUUGAUGAGGAUGAAAUCCUUGCUAUGCUUUCACCUGAGGAGCUUAAGGAGCUCCAGAGUGAGAUGGAUGUUAUCAUUGCCCCAGAUGAAAGUGUGCCGGUAGGACAGCGACAAAAGGACCAGACGGAGAAGGCUCCAACUGGGACGUUCGACCACAGAUCCCUGGUUGAUUAUCUCUACUGGGAGAAAGAGUCCAAACGUAUGGUUGAGGAAGAAAGAGUUCCUGCUACUCUGCUGCCCAGCGAGAAAACGUUGAGGGAGGAAGCUGAAAAGAAAGAAAGAGAAGAAGCAGAAAAUGGGGAAUAUGAAGUGUAUGAAGUGAUAGAAGAAGUUAUAGAGGAAGAGGCUGUGGAUGGCAUAGAGGGAGAGGAAAUUAUAGAAGAGAUCACUGAGGAAAUCAUUGAAGAGACGGAUGAACAGGAGAAAGAGGUGGACGUGAAAGACGAGACAGAGGUGAAGCCACCUGUGAACGCAGAGAAACCUGAAAAUAUAGACAAACAUGUGGAACCUCCAGACAACAACACUGAGAAAGUACCAGAAAACAGUACGGAUGACAAUCAGCCUUGUUCAGACACAAAGGAGCAGAGUGAGCGCACAGGCCAAGAACAAAGCACAGCAGAAGUUGAACAGAAAGAGGAAAUUAAAACUACUUUGCUUCCCAAAGAGGGUCCAGAGGAACAAGAGACGAAUGAAACCAAUGAUAAGCUCCCGCAGAAAGAAGAGAGGAAGAUUAACAAAUUAAAAAUUCCAAAGCUGUCACUCAAUAAUAUAAAAAUGACAUCGAGACCCUCGGGAAACGAGACAAACUUGGAUUCGACGCUUGAUAAAAUCCGCAAAAACAACCCCUCUGUGACCGAGGUAAACCUCAACAACAUAGAAAACAUUCCCAAAGAGAUGCUGUUAGACUACGUCAACGCUCUGAAGAAGAACAAGUUUGUGAAAACCUUCAGUAUAGCCAACACCGGCGUGGACGAGAACAUAGCUUUCAACCUGGCCAACAUGUUACGAGAAAAUCGCAGCAUUACGACUUUGAACAUCGAGUCCAACUUCGUAACGGGAAAGGGCAUCGUCGCCGUCAUCCGCUGCCUCCAGUUCAAUGAGACUCUAACAGAGCUGCGUUUUCACAACCAGAGGCACAUGCUGGGUCACCACGCAGAGAUGGAGAUCUCACGCCUGCUCAAAGCCAACAACACCCUCCUGAAGAUGGGUUAUCACUUUGAGUUGCCAGGCCCCAGGAUGGUGGUGACAAACAUUUUAACCAGGAAUCUGGAUCGGCAGAGGCAGCUGAGGAAGGAAGAGCAGAAGCAGCAGCAACUGAAGGAGCAGAAGGAGAUGAUGCAGAUGUAUGAGAGCAGUCUAAACCUGCCUCCUGGUUUACUUCAGAUGUUAGGGUACAUACCACCUCUAGAAGUCCUGCAGGAACACGGGCUGGCCCCACCCUCGUCAGAGCUGAGCACUGUACCUCAGAAACAACAGAAAGCAGAACCAAAAGAGCCUCAGAAGCAGGUCAAACACAACAGCGCUCCCAAACAAACCAGCACUCCCAAACAAACCAGCGCUGAACCAGAAAACACAUUAAACAACAUCCAGCUGAAGAGAACGCCCAAGAAGCGUGAUCCUUUUCUGGAUCUGGACCCAAGGGAUAACAGUAGACCAGAGAGGGCAAGUUUCCAACUGAGGAAGACUUCCAAAGUGAAGAAUGUAGACAGCGGAGAGGUGACAGACGAAAGAGCAAACCUGACUGAUGUGAUUAAAACUUUGAAGCCAGUCCCUCGGAGACGAGUGCCGCCCAAGAUUGACCCCACACCUCGCGAUCAGCUUCUAAGCGAGAUCAAACAGAGCAACGUGGCCUAUCUCAAAUCUGUGCCACUCCCUAAAGCCCUGGAAUCAAGUGAAACGAGUCUCUUCUGAGGCCGCGACUUCAGUUUGUUUGCUUUCUUCAGCACACUGUAUGUUUAUUUUACACAUUUGGGACACGCCACUCUGAAACUACUCAAAUGAACUGUUCAUAAUAAGAGUGAACUAUACAUUUAUUACACAUAAAAAUAUAAGAUAGUUGUUGUUGUUGGCACUCUUGUGUUAUCGCACUAAAAUGUUGCUGCUGUCUUUAUAAAAUCAUAACAAUAAAGGUAUGAAAAGAGAGUUUAUCGCAAAACACA